GUCAGUGUCACUGUCAAUGUAUAGUUAGAAAAUUGAGAAAAUGAUUUUCAUUUAAUCCUAUUGUUCUUUUUAUUACGUUAAAUAAUCUAGUAGAAUUUUACUGUUUAUUAGCUCCUUAAAAGUAACUAAUUUAGAUCAUUUACCGUGAGUGUAUUAUUAGUAUUGAGGUUAACCAAAACGUGUGACACAAGGUCCGUUAAUUUGCAUUAUUAACAUAAAAAAGACAACUAAAAAUGAACAAGAAAAAACAUCAAAGAGACCCCAAUAAUGUGGACGACUCGUCGGAAUCUGGUGACGAGAACCAAAACAAUUCCGAAUGUGUUCACAUUAACAAAGCACUCGACUUUACGAAAGUGCGAAAGUCCGUUUCGAAAACGGGGCUCUUGUCCGAUUGCGAGAUGUGUAGCAAAUCUCCAGCAGAAAUCUCAGAAUUAUCAGAAUCGGAUUUCGAAUUUGAUCAGUCUCUUUGGAUAUGCUUAAAGUGUGGUAAUCAAGCCUGCGGCAGGGGCAAGAAGAAGCAUGCUUUAAAACAUUACGAGACUCCUCAUUCUGAAAGUCACGCUAUGUGCGUCAAUACAACCACUUGGAAUGUGUGGUGCUACGAUUGUGAUGAUGAUGUUAAUGCUUCAAGUAAAAAGAAAUUGUUAGAGGUCGUAGAGUAUUUAAAGAAACAAAAGAAGACAAUGGAUAGUCAGCAAGCAUCUAUAAUUAAUCAGAUUGUAGAUGUUACAUCCACAUUGCCCGUCAUCAGCAAUAGUACAGGCACUGUGCCAAAAAAGAUACUUUCAGUCGGAAACGGCCUGUCCAGACCGAGGGGCUUAGCAAAUUUAGGGUUCACCUGCUUCUUCAACUCCGUCAUGCAAUGCCUAGGCCAAACGCCGUAUCUGUUGGAACUGUUGGAGGAAACGAAGGAGGGCCAAUCUUUCCGUCUUCCUGGUGGAGAACUUAAAGUUAAGGAAGAGGAGAGUAUCGAACUGGAACCACUAGAAGGUGAAACUGAAAGAUGGCGACCUAUAAUGCAGACCUUGGCAGACACUUUAAGAGAGCUACAGAGUGGAAGAAGCGAGGUGUAUAACCCGAGAAAUCUACUGCAGAAACUGGGAUCUCGUAUGCCCCAGUUUGGUAAUGGCGAACAGCACGACUCGCACGAACUUUUAAGACAUUUAUUGGAGGCAGUCAGGGAGGAGGACCAAAAGAGAUUUAGAUCCGUUAUUUUAGACAAAUUAGGAUAUAGUACAAAGACAGAUCCCUCCACCGUAGGCGAGGAAAAGAGGCAGAUGAUCAAGUUUUACGGACAGCAAGUGUCCGAGAUGCUGUUAGCCACAGAACAAGUAUUUAGGGGAGUUUUAGUCAGUACGCUUCAAUGUCAGGUGUGCCAUCAUGUUUCCCACAGAGACGAAUAUUUUUUAGAUUUAAGUUUACCUAUUUCUGAGAAACAAGUGGCGCCAAUUUUGCGAAGAAAAGCCGAAGAGAUCGAAGAUAAUAAGCCGUCGAAGCACCAGAUCAAGAAGGAAAAGAGGGCGGAACGAAAGAAGAGUAAGAAACAGAAACAAGGAAGAAAUAGCAGUUUGGUUCCCACCUCUUCCAAUCCGACGACCUCGGACGUGACUAUGGAAAAUAAGUCUGACAGCGAGGAAUCGGAUGCAGAUAUAGAGGACAAUACUGAGAUGGACGAGGACGAUGACUCAGAAGAUUACCGAGAAUACUCCGGCACCCUGGCUCCGAGAUAUCAGUGCGAGGAAGGCGAAUGUUCGGUCGAGUCCUGUCUGAAUCAGUUCACCGAAUGCGAACUGAUGAUGGGACGAAACCAAGUCAGUUGUGAUAAUUGUACCAAGUGUUCUGAUAAAGUUCCUAAAGAGACGGUGUACAGAGACGCUUCGAAGCAAUUGCUCAUAUACAAUCCUCCGGCCGUACUCAUAUUGCACCUUAAGAGGUUUCAGGUUUACCGAUUUCGUUCGAUGAAAGUAAACAAAUUUGUGAAAUUCUCCACCAUGUUGGAUCUGGGUCCCUACUGCUCCAAGCGCGCGCAGAAUCUUCCAUCGUUCGAGCCCGACCAAACCAAGGUCCUCUAUUCUCUUUACGGCGUAGUGGAACACAGCGGAAACAUCCACGGCGGCCACUACGUCUCCUACGUCAAGGUGAGACCGCGCAUCGACGAGAACAGCCCUCGAUGGAACUUUAUCCCCAAAAACCAAAGGAAAAACCUGAAGAAAGCAUUGGAUAACUCGGCGGUUCGCGGGGAUGAGACGGUGGAACCACCCGCGGGCAAAUGGUACUACAUCAGCGAUUCGUUCGUGUCCGAGGUGAACGAAUCCAAGGUCAUGAUGGCUCAGGCCUAUUUGCUCUUCUACGAAAGAAAGCAUUUGGAUAACUCGGCGGUUCGCGGGGAUGAGACGGUGGAAUCACCCGCGGGUAAAUGGUACUACAUCAGCGAUUCGUUUGUGUCCGAGGUGAACGAAUCCAAGGUCAUGAUGGCUCAGGCCCACUUGCUGUUCUAUGAAAGGCUAGUGUAAGGUGUCCCGCACGUGCGUUAUACGUAUUUUCGAUUAUUUUAUCGCGUCUGCGGCAUAUUGGCAAAUAUAUUCACGUAUUUAUUUAUACAGGACAGAUAUUUCUUUUAAGUCUUUUUAUUAUUAGCGCUCCUUUCAGUCUGUUUUUACAAUAGUUCAUAAUUAAUUGUUAUUGAUGAAACCAUUGGAAAUAAAAUUAAAUGAAAGAGACAA